UGGCAACAUCAAAACCCAUUGGGAUCAAUCUUUCUCCUCUGCCUCUGCCUCUGUAUUACUUUUGUGCAGUGGAGUGUUGUACCUUCCGCUAAUCAAGUAGUACCCAUCUGAUCAGGCUUUUUGGCUUCCAUUUACAACCAACCAGGUGCUUUCAUCCUCUCUUGCUUGAAGAACAGGGGUUUUGACUUUUUUUGGUCAACUAAAGAAAAUCUUGGCCACAAUGUUCCAUUAUUUCUCACCAGAUGAUCAAUGCUUUGAUGAUUUGUAUCACUCACAGAAGCCCAAUCCUUUCCUGAUCUCCACCGUAUCGGAUUAUGACCUUGGGGGCGAAGGGGAUCUUUUCAAAGCGCCAGAACCAAUAAUCGAACAACCGUUGGUUACCCUCGAUCAUAUGACGUCUGCCAUGUCAUUGAUCUUGUGUGGUGAAGAAGUCGUUUCACACGAAUCUCUUCAAAGUGACGAUUUCCCAAGCAAUCCCUUUUUCGAAUAUAAAUAUAUAUUGGCAAACGAAGCAUCGUCUCCUUCAGAAGUCUUAAAUUUCGAAUUCCCAACGACAAAAGACGAUAUGGAAGAAAGUUUGCAUCCGCCGGAAAGCAUCACAAAAAGUGCGACCUCCAUCAGUUUAGGCUCGGUGGAUGGGGCUCAAAUUAGGCCGAGUUGCGUGAAUUUUAAUGAAAUCGAGUUGAAGGAGGUUCGUGGUAUGCGAAGGGUGUCCAGUGAAGGAUACAUAAAGCUUCAACUUAUCGGUGAUCAUCAAACCGCCGAAACCCGCUCGCAGAAGCUCUCGAGAUACAGGGAUAAGAAGACAAAGAGGAAUUUCGGUAGAAAAAUCAAGUACGCUUGCAGGAAGGUGUUGGCAGACGGUCAGCCACGGAUCAGAGGAAGGUUUGCCAAGACAGAAGAAACCGAUAUCUUGAUGAGAAAGUAAUAAAAGGUUUUUAAUUAUUAGGAAUGAGCUGUCAUCGGAAAAACAAAGAUACAACAGUCGGAACCAAUAAUCCAAUUCUCAACACGGCUAUACCUUGCUAAUAUAUGUAUACGUCCCUCAGAUGUUUAUUUUGUGGUAAAUAUUUGUUGACGAAGAUACUGUUUGCACUAAAAGUAUGUUGGAAUCUUUGAAUCCGAGUUGUGUUGCAAAA